AUGGACUUGCAGAGAGUGGUCGACGCAUACGUUAUCGGCAUUGGCGAGAGCCAGGACAACACGGAGCUGCUAAACAAACUGGUGACGCAUAUCUCGGCUGGCGACACAUCGCUGUUGGAGCUGGUGCAGGCGCUCGGCGACCAUCUUGCCAGCGACGAGGCAACCCGACGCAGCCGCGGCACGCACAUUCUCUCGGACGUCCUAGGCGAGCUGCCGGCAGCAGCGGUGCCCGCGCGUGCGACGACAAUGCUGACGCAGUUUUUCUGUGCGCGGCUGGGCGACGCAACCUGUGUGCCACAGACGCUGCGGGCGCUAAUGGCCCUGCUCAGGCUGCCAGCAUUUACGUCGCAGUACGCAAUCGAUGUGGUGUCGGCGCUGUUCAAGGAGGUGCACGUGCAGAGCUUCCAGCAGUCAACGCGCAGCACCGCGUACAGCCUGUUGCAGACGGUGGUGGACGGAUACCCAAAGGCAGUGCAGAGCAUUGGCGAUGACUUUGUGCUUGGGUUUGCGCAGGCAUUGGAUGGCGAGAAGGACCCGCGGUCGUUGAUGGUGGCGUUUGAGCUGGUGCCGCGGAUCAUCGAGCUGGUGGAUAUCGAAAAGUACGCCGAGGAUCUGUUUGAUAACCGCGACGGCGAUCCGUCAGCCAUUUCGCCUGAGGCUCUGAAGAGAGCGCUAAGGGCCUGCAUUGCCGGGUCACCAUAUUUUGGCGAGUUGGCUGUCAAGCCACUGGUCAGCAAGACUACCGCAACGUCGGUCAGCGCCAAGAUCGACGCCUACGAGACGCUGGCGGCUGGCGCGCGCGUCUACGAGCCCAGCGUGUUCCUGCCGCGCAUGGAGGCUCUAGUGGACCAGAUCCGCGAAGAGGUCUUCAUGGCCGCCGACGAGGACGUGGUGCGAGCCGCACUGGGCACUCUCGAGGCCGUCUACGCCGUAAUCUCGGUGCCACCAGCGUCUGCCAAGCCAUGUGCCAUGGAAGAGGACGCAACGCCGCUUGAUUACAUCCUGAAGGAAGCCAGCAUCCAGCUGACCGCUGACGAGAUCAAGAACCCUGAGGAGGUCGGCAGGAUUCUGCGCGCUGCAGCCAAAUCGUCCAGCUACAACUGUGCAAUCGUGACUGACGCCAUUUUGCCGGUCAUCGCUGAGCGCCUCAGCAGCACCGAAGUGCUGACAGUGCGCCGCCAGCUGAUCGACGUGCUCAACCACGUGCUUCCGCCUGUGCCGCUCGACAAGGAGUACAGUGUCCUGCAUAUGGUGCGUCUGAAGGGCAUCACGCUGCUUGUGCUGCUGCCUGGCCUGCUCACCGACAACGAGGCUGCCGUGGCUUUGACACCAAAUGUCAACAAGGAGGCUACACAUCUGCUGGUGCAGCUGUCGCUGGCCAGACAUGAGCUGGUCAGUAAGGUCGUGUUGCCCAAGCUCAUCGAGGCACUGACUGCUGACACUGUUGCUGCCAGCAAGGUCGCGCGUCUGUUGGACGUCUUGGGUGCCGUAGCCGUGGCCUCGCGCAGCCUGGUUGCCACUAUUGUGACCAGCAUCUGCGAGGUGCUAAUCACGGGCCUGCAGCCGGCUUUCCGGGUCGCUGCAAUGACGACUGUGCGCAAGAUAAUCGAUGCCACGCUAGCCGCCAAGAGCGACCCUGAGCUAGUCACCCAUCUGGCCGCAAGCGUUAUGCAGCCGGUUGCCCAGUGGAUGCUCCAGCUAGUGGGCCAGCAAGAGUCGGUGCCGCUGCCGCUAGUGGUAGAGUUUGCCAAAUGCGAGGUCGCCCUGUUCAGCAACCUCGAUGCUGCUGCCCAGGAAAAGACUGGGGAGUAUUGGUUCGACACCUAUCGCUCUGUGAUUGUUGAUGCGAGCAAUGCCCAGGCCGAGGCAAAGUCGCUGCUGCCGCUCUGGCGGUUCCUGAUCGUGGCUGCCUUCCUGGGCGACCUCUCGCAUGCUGCGCUGGCGACCGAGAACGCUAUCCAGCGUGACGCAUGCUUCGAGAUUAUAUCUUCGGUGGUCAACAAGACCAAGGACGCCAAGGUGCGUGCUCAACUGGUCCAGACAGUGCUCGACAAGGCUGUGAGCGCCGACAGCCCCGCCGACCCAUUGGUUCUUCUCCACCAGUGGAUUGCACGCGCCUUGGUGACCUGCAACGACAGGCUCGGCUACGACAGCGUGCGCUGGCUCUUUGGUCUGAUUGACGCCAAAUCCGAGCUCUCCACGCAGGCCGCCGAGGGCUUUUCUGUGAUCCUAGGCGACCACGACUGGUCGGUCACCAAGCCAACCCACGGUGUGUUCCGCCUGCUGUUCAAGCAGCGGUUCUAUGCAACUGUGUUGCCCGAGAUCACUGCGCGGUUCAACGCAGCCACCGACGAUGUCACCAAGGCCGCCUUCCUUGUCGUCCUGACCAACGUCAUUCGCCAUAUGCCCAAGAGCGUGCUAAUGAACGGCAUUGAGACUGUCGUGCCCUUGCUGCUUUCGGCCGUGCGUCCUGACCCGCGGCGAGCUGAAUUGUGCCUCUGGAUGCUGGAUGCGCUGCAAAAGAGCGAGGCAAAUACCGUGGAUGUGCGGAGGGCUGCGCUGGAGACUCUGGCGCUUGUGCCGGAAAAGUACGAUAUCGGCGUGCUGCAUUCGGUCAGACAUACCAUUCUGAAGGUGCUGACCAAGACCCGCGAUGAUCAUAAGCGGCUGGUGCGCUUGGACGCUGUGCGCGGCUACAACAAGUGGCUGAACUUUGGCGACGUGUAA